AUGACCGCCACAGCCACCCCGGGCAGCACCCACAAGCUCGCCAGCACCAAGGAGGAGAGGAAGUUAAGGAAACCCCUCAUUGAGCGGAAGCGAAGGGAAAGGAUUAAUAACUGCUUAGACCAGCUGAAGGAGACAGUUGUGGGAGCAUUUCACCUGGAUCAGUCUAAACUGGAAAAAGCAGACAUCCUCGAAAUGACGGUGAAGCACCUCCAGAACAUCCAGAGCAGCAAGAUGAUGGCUGACUCCAAAGUGGGUCUGGAAGCCCAGCAGAGGUACAGCACCGGGUACAUUCAGUGCAUGCACGAGGUGCACAACCUCCUUCUCACCUGUGAGUGGAUGGACAAGAGCCUUGGGGCGCGCCUGCUGAACCACCUGCUGAAAUCCUUGCCCAGGUCUGGUGAAGACAGCUGCAAGGCAGCACUGAGAGCUUCCAGCCCAUCUCAACAGCCUCUCUUGACGCCAAAAGGUCCCCUGAGCCCGAAGGGGAGCACUCGAGGCACAAACCUGGCCCAGGAGCGCCUUUACCCUGCGGAGAACAAGCAGGCUUCCAAAAAUUCCUUCCAGGGGCCGUUGCUGUCGGUUUUCACCCAGGCUGAUGCUGCGCCUCCCAGACAGGUUCUGCAGCCAAAUUUUUCCCAUAACAACCCUAGAAUGGGGUCACUAGAUAUGUGGAGACCAUGGUAAAGUGUGUUUUCAAUGUUUAUCCUAACCUUAGACACUCUUACGUAUGUAUCUUAUAGAUAUGUUUCUUUAAAACACUUGUGGAGCAAGUCUGUUCCUGUAGGUGUACUAAAGACCAGGGUACUUCAAGCCGAAGUAAACC